AGAGAGAGGAGGAGGAGGAGAGGACAGGACAGGAAAAUAAGGGGGCUUCCAUUUGAAAGUCCUCGUGUCAGGAUAUGAAGUCCUGGAGCAGUGCAGAGGCAACGGGAGGAAGCUGGAGCGUUGUAGAGAAGAGGUAGACGACAGGGGGAAAAAAGGAAGAGAGACAAGGAGAAUCUGAGGCAACAGAGACUGGAGUGUUUUUCUUUUUUUAUUUCUUUUCCAAGAGAGACGGAGACAAGUGGAGGCAGCGAUGCAGAGCUCUCACUGGGGGUGUGUGGUGUGUCUGACGCCGUCGGGCUGCCAUGGCUUUGGUUCAGGCACUACCUUUAACCGUGACUGACCACCCCAAUCCAGGCCUCGAAGUCCAGCAGUGCCGGCCGCUAUCAUCCCACUCCCCCUCAAGCCCCUGCUCUGGCCCCUGUGGGCCCUGUAGCUCCGGGACAGCCAUGGGUUCUGUCAGCAGUCUCAUAUCGGGCCGGACGUACCAGGAGAGACACUGCCGGGCUGCCAGCGAGUUCACCACCAAACCACGCCGCUCCACGCCGGCUACCAGCUGCUUCCGGCUUCAGGAUAACACCCUCCGCAGCGGGAGCUCCUUAGAGCAGCUGCUGGUCAUCAGCAACCAAACGCAGCCUCAGGCCCAGGUUCUGCCUCCACCGCUGCCCACCAAAAAGCAGCCUCGGCCUGGUAAUUCUGCUGGAGCAGUAGGUGGUGGCACUAAUGGGAACUUUGGGUAUGUGAACAAUGAGGUGGUGGUUGGAGACUGGAACGACAACCUGGUGGUGGCGGCUGCAAGCCCCUGCAGUGACUCGGAGGACCAAAGGGACAACAGGACUCUGAACGGCAACAUUGGAGGGCCUCCUCCCAAACUCAUCCCAGUGUCCGGACAGUUAGAGAAGAACAUGGAGAAAGUGCUGAUCCGUCCUACAGCGUUCAAACCUGUCGUUCCCAAGAAUCGUCACUCUGUGCAGUACCUGUCACCACGACCAGGGGGCAGCAGUCUGUCAGAGAGCCAGGCCAGCCUCAACCUCCUGCUGCCCCUCGGAGGAUCUAGUAGCGCCAGCGCCACGAAUGGUAACGGAGGGAGCAGCAGUUCUGGCUCUGAAGGUAAACGUAACUCCUACAGUGGCGGUCGCAAUGCUCGGAACAGCCAAUCCUGCUCCAUGUCAGAUUCAGGGAGGAACUCCCUUUCCAGCCUCCCUACUCACAGCAGUACAGGCUACAGUUUGGCCCCCAGUGAGGGCUCCAGCUCCGGGUCUGGCUCCGGGGGUCAGCUGGAGCCUGUCACAGGCCUGGGCCGAAACACAUCAGGUGGAAGUGGGAACCAUGGUCACACUAACUCAGACAGUGGACGUUCCUCAUCCAGCAAGAGCACAGGCUCUGGGUCUCUAAGUGGGCGCGGGCAGCCCCUGUCAGACAGCGGGUCCUGUGGCCAUUCGCCACCACCGGUGGAGGGCUAUGAGGCGGUGGUGAGGGAGCUGGAGGAGAAGCUGAGGGAACGAGACCUGGAGCUCCAGCAGCUCAGGGAAAAUCUGGACGAGAAUGAAGCUGCUAUCUGCCAGGUGUAUGAGGAGAAGCAGCGUCGCUGUGAAAGAGAGAUGGAGGAGCUGAGGCAGAGCUGUGCCACGAAGAUGAAGCAGGCCUCUCAGAAGGCCCAGAGGGCACAGCAGGUGUUGCAGUUACAGGUCUUUCAACUACAGCAAGAAAAAAAGAAGCUGCAGGAGGACUUCUCCUCUCUGCUGCAGGACAGAGAGACACUGGAAAGGAGAUGUGCCACCAUCCAGAGGGAGCAAACCCAGCUUGGGCCACGCCUGGAAGAAACAAAGUGGGAGGUGUGUCAGAAGUCAGGGGAGAUCUCCCUCCUGAAGCAGCAGCUGAAGGAGAUCCAGUCAGAGCUCAGCCAGAAGGCAGGAGACAUUGUGGUCCUGAAGGCUCAGCUGAGAGAAGCCCGUUCUGAACUGCAAGCCAGCCAGGCUCGAUCCCAGGAGGCCCAGACGGCCAUGCGGACGCGAUCUCUGGAGCUGGAAGUCUGCGAGAAUGAACUCCAGAGGCGCAAGAGCGAAGCAGAGCUGCUCCGGGAGAAAGUAGGCCGUUUGGAAGAGGAGUCAUCCCGGCUCCGAGACACCCUGUCCAAUCACAGUGGACACUCUUUACCUGGAAAUGCAACCAUGAAGGGGCAGUGUAUGAACCUGUCCCUCCAACAGGGUAGAGGUGUGAUAGGAAGGGGUGGUCCCAGUCCCUCUGUGUACCGCGAUGGAGAGGAGACUCAUCUGGUUUGGGGAGGAGAGAGUGAUGAAGCCAAGGCACAGAGGCAGAAUGCAGAAGCAGUGUUCGGACUCAGACAACAGGUGGACAGGCUCAAGGCUGAGCUCAUGUAUGAGAGGAGGACUAGUGAGGAGCAACUGUCACGGUUUGAGGAUGAGAGGAGAGUCUGGCAGGAGGAGAAGGAAAAGGUAAUUCGCUACCAGAAACAGCUGCAGCAGAACUACAUCCAAAUGUACCGUCGCAACCGGGAUCUUGAACGAGUGAUGAGGGAGCUGAGUCUGGAGCUGGAGAACAGGGACAUGGAGGAUUAUGAGGUUCACAGUGGCAGCAACGACAUCCACUUUGAGGAAAUCACUGCCACUGAGAUCUAAACACACACAUACUAUCACUUACAGUAAUAUAUGCACAGAAACACACAGGACCACAACUCACAAAAGACUCUGUUGAUGAUGUAACCCAAUCAACUCUUCAUCACGGCUUUACCUGGACCACUGAGUGAACACUCACUACUCGUCACUGUCAGAAGGGCGAAAGAUCUCCCAAUGGUGAAGUCUUACUUCCUGCUAAAUAGGUGUUCUCCAAUAAAUCCUUAUGAGGUUUCCACCCGUGGCGCUUUUAAUGGGUUGUACCCCAGUACAAAGCCAGCACAAAGACUUCUCUCCUUCUGUGGGAGCAAACGCAGUUGAAAAAAAGUGUUUCUUUCUUAGACCACGUUCAAAUCAGGGUAUCGAACAUUGAUGGGAACUUAAAGCAAAAAAUGUUACUACUACGCACAGCAGUCUGGUCAAAGCGCAGUCACAGUUUUCUUGGUAGCACAUGAGAUUAUACGCCUGGCCACCAGCAUGCAUGUUAUGACAGUUGUCCCGUUAACAUCAACACCACAACUGCUGGCUAUUAAUGAUGACCUCAUCUCCCAUCCAAACUGUGCUCAUUGGCGACACAAACAGCAAGCGCUUGUUCUCCAAAUAACUGCUAAAGGGAAAAUAACACCAAAUAUUACAUCAUCCACUGUUUUUAUUUUAUAUUGCUCAGAGGUUCAUUGCAUUUUCUAAAAAGGAUAAGGAUAGUUUUGUUUUGGAGGUGUUUCCUCAGCAGUGUGUAUUUGAAAAAGGAAUGUAUUGUGACUGUUACCACUCCAGAGAAAUGCAGUAUAAAUAGUCGUCACUGGCAAUGAAUGAACCUGCUCACCAAGGGAAACAUGGUAUUAUUUUGCACAACUUCCCUGCUCUUUCUUGUGAAGCAAAUCAUCAAACUUAAACAAACUUGUUUUGACAUUUGGCUCUUGGUUUGCUUACAUGUGGACAUCCUAUUCUGUAAUUACCCCAAACCGCAGAGGACACAGAAACCAAACGUUCAAAGGAGAUGCUUUAUGUGACUGCCGGUCAUGUUUUCUAGACCACCAACAGUCACGUUGUUGCACUUGAUCAAUGUGUCAACUCAUUCACAAGCUCUGAAAUAAACAUUUACAUUUUAUAGUUAUGUAGCACUCGGCAGCAGAGCGUAGCAUGGGAGAUAUCACCGAGACGCUGCUGAUUCUCCUCCUUCUUACUCAACUAUUUUUCUAACAGUGAAAAUCACCUCAGCAGUCGGUAUCAGGCAACUAAAAAUGGAGCAUAUUCUUUCAGUUUGGUCAUCAGGGCACUUGGAGAUUUAAGCCGGAGUUUGAGCUGUAGGCAUGCUUAUUCAGAUUUUCCACUUGUUCCCUUUCUUUCCCAUUAGCGUUCUUUAUUUAGCUUUUGGCAGCCCAAAGCCAAAUAACACUUUUAAGUCUUCCUAGUCUCCCCUAGACUAUAAUCUUCCAUGAUUGCUAUACAGGUAGUGAGACUGGCAUGUCUGCAUGUCUUUGUUAUAUCAGAUUUCAGAAGAAGCUGGCUUAGAUAGUGGUGAGAUGGGAAUUUGCAGAUGCAGUAGCUCCAGCACUGGAUGUCCUGAAGGCAGGUCGGCUGUUAAAGCCCUAAAUAUAAACCGAUGAGGAGGAUGUUAACAUUUGCAGCUGUGGGGUUGCUCUGUUUUCUCACAGUGGCAUGGCGGGUCUCUAUGGAAAAAGCAGUGGGCUGAGAACUUUUAUUUUACAAAGAGUCUAUAUCAUGGAAUAAUAGUUAAAUGGAAAUCUAUAUAAUGGACAAGAUGUUGUAUAUUUUUUUAUAUAUAGCACCUGAAGAUAUUUUGUUGUAGUACUGGUAUAAGUGUGGGUUUAAUAUACAAAGUAUAAAGACUUCUAUAUAUAUAUCUAUAUCUAUCACAUACCAAUAUUUCAAAUGAUGGAUCAAUUACAAAUGGAGGCAGCAGCAUAGACAGAGUGCACCUAAUACUGUAAUGCAUGAAAAUCUGUUUACAUUAUAUAAUCUGUGUGACACAAACAUACACUAUCUGAUGACCAAACUUUGCAGCUGAUUAAGCAGUUGGGGGCUUUUAUUUGGGGCUUAGUUUUGACCUGUUGUUUCUCCAUUUUGAUUGAUCUUUCAUUUGAUUAUCAGUAUCAUAAAAUCACACCGAUCCAUGUCUUCAUCAUUGCGUCUUGUGCAUGUCAUCCCUUUAUAAAUGCAUGAGACGGGUGAUUCUUGAGUGACUUCCUCAUUAAGUUGAGGUCGGAGCUGAUGCAAACCAAUAAAGUGUUAUGUUUUCCCUCUCAGAAAAUUUGAUCAGUCUGUAUUUUGCCUGACGUUACCACAUUCAGUGUGGUUUAAGAGAUAUUGCAGAAUAUUAAAAGUCUGCGCUGUGCAUAAAUUGUUAACAUAAAGCCCAGGUAAGUGACUUUUGAAUGGAACAAGUUGGGUUCAUCCAACCAUAUUCAUCAGAACUAGACUGUUACUCACUGACCAUGGAUGCAGCACAGGUACAGAUUAACAACAAGCACAGGUGCUGCAAAUCAAACUGACUCCCUCACUGAAAAGUGCUGCGUGCAUCCCAGACUUCUGUUUUUUUCCCCUCACAUCUCACUUCUCUUUGCUGUUCCAUAACCAUUUUUCUGUGUAAAUAUGUAAAACACUAAAUAGUAUAACAGAGUGACAUUGUCUUUUAUUUAGACAAAGUGUCUAUUGAAAAUGUAGCCACUGUGAUUAGACCAAAGCAACGUAACACAUUUCUUUUUUUUGUGGCAUUUUUUUCAUCCUUUUGUGUGCAUUUUUUAUAUGUUUGCUUACGUCGUGUCUUCAUUAAUUCAUAAAGUAUGUAGUUGUCAAUGUAUAUUUUUAUGUGUACAUUUCUUGUACAAAUGACUGUGUUUUUAAUUAAAGAACAAGUUGUCACAC